UCUUGCGUUCCUCUAUGCGGACGUCAGAAAUGGAUGACCCGUUUUUUUAAAAGAAAAAAAAAGGUUAGAAACGGGUUACGUGUGUGGGUGGAGAAAAAAGAGAAGCUUUUGGAGAGUGGGAGCGCAAGGCGCGCAUGUGUAAGAUACUCAUUGAUCAUCUGAAUUCACACAACGUGGAGAGCAAUCGAUAUGGCGAAAACAUUUGGCAUUGUGUGAACAAGGAAUGCCUUGACUAUGUUACAAAGGACUUGUAGACCAAAGUCAACUUCCAAUGUUUCAUAGAAAGUGCUCAUCUGGUCACAAGAAAUGACCAUCUGUCAAGUACAAACAAAAUUAGAUACAUGGAGAAAAAGACUUCAAGUGACCUAAUUUUUUGUCUGAAAUUAAAAAGCUAAAGAAUAAUGUAUUUCUUAAAACGCCUAACAAAAUCAGAUACCAUCUUUAACAAGACGGAACUAGAUCAAGGCAAAUUGUGGAAAAAAAUUGGAAGGAAAGGCCAAGGUCGAGGUCAAUUCGAUAUGCCAUGUGGUGUGACAACUACAAAGUCUGGUGACGUCAUUAUCGCGGAUACUGAAAACCACAGAGUUCAAAUUUUUAAUUUUGACGGCGUGUUCAAAUCAAAAUUUGGAAGUAAAGGUUCAAAACCAUCUCAACUUUGUUAUCCAAUGGGCGUAGCUGUCACAUCUAGUGAAGAUGUAGUUGUAACAGACAGCGUCAAUGCAGCAAUUAAGUUGUUUAGCAUAGAUGGUACUCUCAAAAUGUGUUUCACUCAGCAGGCAGCGGUAGAAUUUCCUCACGGAAUAUGUGUCACAAUCGAUGACCAUAUUAUAUUCACUGAUAUAUGUAAACAUUCUGUCACAGUUCUACAACCAAACGGAACUAUCAGCCAUAUUUUUGGCAAAUAUGGUGACGGCCCUCAAGAAUUCGAUCAUCCUUACUGUGUCACCACAAACUCAUCGAAUCAGAUUAUUGUCUCCGACACGGGAAACAACUGUGUCAAAAUAUUCCAUUUUCAAGGCAGGCUACUGCGUUGCUUUACAUCUUUAGAUUUUCACCUUCCUUCUGAAAAUUUCGUUUCGUUGUUUGGAGUCUGUACAGACAGCGAUGAUAAUACGCUUGUUGUAUGCAACAGUGGAGUGUAUAUUUUGACCAAAAAUGGGCGUCUAUGGGAAGUACUAACCUCUGAUGAUGGUCUUACAACACCGAAGUGCAUCGCGUUUUCUCAAGGCCGGCUUAUUGUGACUCAGUCGGGAUAUGAUGUUAAGCAUGAGGUGUGCAUAUAUCGCUAUAAUAAAGACGAUUUUAAAUCUCUUAACACAUUGCUAUACUAUGCUAUAUCCAUAUAAUUACGUCCUAUUACAAUUUCCAAAAACAAAAUGCAAUUUGUUCUUAUCCAGUUCAAAAUAAUUAAACUUUGCUAGAAUUUUUCUAAAACAUUUCUACAAUAUAUUUUGUAUGUUGUUGUUUUUUUGGGCGGCCCUCGAAAGGAUAGUGAAAAUCCGACAUUAUAAUAUUUUAGACCAUUCAAAGUUCUGAUGCAACGGCUACUUUUUUCUUUUCUGAAAGCGAAAAAUCUAAUUUUUAAAAUCACUUAUGCAAGCAGUAUUUUUCAUAAAAAUGAACCACUUUUACAACUAUUUAUUAUUAAUAGUAACAAACAUUGAAGUCUCUUUAGUAGGGGAAAUGGCCAUUUACCAUAUUUUUACCAACUUUAUGCAAACGGUUUUAGUUUUUUUGUCAAAAAAAUUUUUUCCCAAAUAUAUUGCUAAGUACAAUAAGUUCUGUCAUAUUGACUACUACAUUUACACAAAAGAAUAUUUUCUUUUUUUAAAGAAAAAAAAUCUGUUUAGUAUGCAUAUAUGUUGGACAUAAUUUAAAACAACAAUUAAUUAGUAGUUUAUCAUUAUCUCGUGAACUACCCUGUAUCGCAGUGAGAACCCGAACUAUAUACAUACGGAAACGUUUUUGUUUUUCUGAAGAAUAAGAGAUUGUCCCUUUACAAAACAAUUAGAGCACUUAUACAUUCAUUAUAAGACAUUAGUUAGGCCAGAUUCACAUCUAACUUCAUAUUCACUUUCACCUAUCCUUUGGUCUGUGGAGCGCUGGGGAACCACACAAGAUCCGUUAACCUUCUUUCUCCAUUCUUCUCUGUCAUUUGUCUUUGAUAGAAUUUCCUUCUGAUGUUCUUUCUGAAAAUAUUGAAACCACUUCGAGGGCCGAUUUUGAGUUUGUGUUUCCACAUAAACUGUCUUUGUAACCUUGAUUCUUUUCUUUUUUUUAGUAAUUAAGUCAAAUUAGGCUUUACUUAUUAUUGAUAACAUCUUUCUUAUAUUUAUACCUUAUUUUAUAUCUUUGUCAGAUUUAUACAAUUCAUAUUGGCCCUUUUUUCUUCCAAUCAUGUACAUACACUUUCUUUUUAAAUUAUUAAUCUUGUACUUUGUAUUAUGAAUACAUUUCCGGUAAUAAAAAAUAUGAAAUCUUUCUAGUUUUCCUUUUUUUUAAAUACUUUGACACAUACAAAAUAAAUAAAAUUACAAUUUAAAAUUCUUCUUCCUUCUCCAUCAACCACCUGGCCCAUCAUGUGACCUGACAGCCAUAGUCUUUCUCUCUUCAUAAGGCAAAAGUCCUAAUAAGUAAUUUUUUUUUAAUACACAAAGGCUCUUUAAAAUGGGAUCUUUUAUUUCAAGGAAAUCCUUGUAGGGAUUUCUGUUGUUUUUUUUUUUUGUUGUCAACAACAUAAUGUGACAGUAAUGUUUAUCUCGGUGAUUAGUUGAUUUCAGAUAUUGCUCAAUUGUCUACACUGUACAUGUGAUACUAGCUUCUUUCAUAUUACUCCGUAUUCAUUUAGUCCUUCAAAAUAUUUUUUUUCUUUUGUAAUUGUUUAUUACUUAAUUAUUUGAAAACUCUAGCUAGAAUGCCAACAGUUUAGUUACAGUUCCAUAUGCUUUAUUCUACUUGAAAGUGUGUGAAUUACUUCUUCUUCUACACACACACAGACAUAUAUAUAUAGUUCGUCCAUCGUGGUUCGAUGAUAACCACUUUGUCAUCCAGGGGACUGAGGGUUUUGCACUGGGGUUUUAUGCCUCCUCAUGUGGCUGGUGAGACCUAUGUGAGCCCGGAAUGUUCGGCUGCACACUGGGCAGGUUAUUCCAGCUGGAGCUAGUGUCGUUUGUCUUGCUUUUCUUCUCUGGCGAUUUUCCUCUGCCAGCGUUGUUCUCUUUUCCUCAGCAACCUGUGCGCCAGUUUUCACAGCGCGACGCCAUGAUGCUCUGUCAUGUGUCUAUGUCUCCCAGGAGGCUGGAUCUAUGCUGAACGCCUCACUUUCCUUCACUUGUAUGGCCAACUAAGCGAAGGAAAGCGCUCUUUUACAUAUAUAGCUCCUAUGUCCUCAAUUGGAUCGGUAAUAGCAGGAAGGUUUUCUCUCCUUGUGAUGAAAAUCCGGAUGCAAAGUAUUUAUUUAGAAAAUUAACUUUAUAUUAUGAAUUUUUGAUGGAAAAUUCUUGUUUCCCUCUUCUUAACAUCGAUGUGGUAACAUUGAUUUUUAUUGUGACUAUGAGAUAUUCAUAAUUUUGGUGGUCAUCAAAUUUUAGGUUUGUAUUUUAUAAAUAAGUAAUAUACAAAUACUUUAUUGAAAUGUUAUUGACACCUGAAUUAAUUAAAUUAAUUUUAUUUUGGAGAAAGAUUUGCCAUCUAGGUCCAAGGCCUGGUGUUUUUAUUUAGUUAUUUAUUUUAACAAAUUAUCAAAAAUUCGAGGGAUAAUAUGGCAACGUCUUACACAAAGAUGAACUUACGACUUUAUGAAAGUUCUUUGAAGAAUACAUUUCAAAAUAACAGCAAAUGUCUUGUGUCAGAAUAUGAUAGAAACUAUUCUGUUGUACAUCUUUAUAGGGACAACUGUUAUGCAAUAGCAACACAAAAAAUGUCCGCGACGUCUUACACAAAGAUGAAAUGAUGACGUUCCCACCUAUCCCAGACGUACUUGUGCUAUAUUAUCUGAAAUAGUGCUCACAUAAUAAAAUUGGCCAGCGCUGCCUCCUUAUUUAUUAAACUUAAUUGGACCUGCGACUAGACUUUUUUUUUUACCAAGAUUCCUCUUGGUGCUCUCUGAUUUCAACAAAACACUUAAAUGUCUGCCCGCCCCACCUUUUUUUUUUUUUACUUUUACUUUUGACAUGCGAUCUUCUUAUUAUGAUAAAAAAAAAAAGCAUUGCAGACAACAGGAGAGAAUUUCUGAAGCUCAGAAUGCAUGAAAACGGUAAACGUUUGAGCAAUUUUCUUUUCGACAAUUUGCUAUAAAAGUUGUGUAUAUUUAAGGAUUUGCUAUUGAUUUAUUGAUGUCUUCCAGUGAAUUUCAGGGCUUUUAAAAUCUCAUUUAAUGAUAUAAAAUAAUGGAUAUAUUGUUUUAUUUGUUAUGAAUGUAAGCCUACUCUAGGCUUCAAAUGGGAAGGGGGGUUUCAAUAUUUAAUGUCUUUUAGUAGGAGUUUAAAAUUAGUGUGUGUUUGUGUGUGUUGUGAAAUAAGCGUGUUGUUUUGUUUACAGCUAAUAAAACUCAUUCAUGUUUUCUUCUUACCAACUCUUCUAAAAAGUCGCAGUUGAAUAUUUCUGAAUUGUACAUUUAUCCAUGGUCAUAGAAUUAUAUAUACUAUAUCUAGACUGGACAUGGAGACUUUUGAACAUUACACAAAAUGAUCGCUCGUGAACAUUUUGUUAAAAGCUGAAACAAGGCGUUGUUUUGUCAAGUAGUUCAAAGAAGUAAAGACUACUUUUUUUCAAUCCUAACCUAUGUAACAUAUAAUUUAAUUUUUAGAUCUAGAUCUAGUAAACGAACAUCAAUAAUAAGUGUACUCUCGUCUCGUAAUUAUUAUUUUGCAAUUUUUAGAUACACAAUAUUCUUUAUCAAAAGACUGAAUGCAACACUAAAUUGUGAUUUUUUGUGUAUUUUUGAUAAUCAAUUACUAGAUCUAAAUCUAAAAAAUAAAAUUAUAUGUUACAUAGGUUAGAGUUAAAAAAAAAACAACGUUACUUCUUUGAACUACUUUACAAAACAACGCCUUGAUCCAACUUUCUACAAAAUGUUCACGAUCGAUCUGUCGCGGAUAAGAAUUUAUUUCCAGUUUCCAGUCUGGUAGUAUAUAUAUAAGUCUAUGUCCACAUUGUGUCUUAUGCUUGAGUGUAUGCCUUUUUUAUAUUGUGUUUUUAAUUACUUGAUUAACAGAUGUUAUCAUUGUUUUAGAUGUAAAAACAAAAAGACUUUUUUGAACCUUUUUAGUGCACUUAAAUAAACAUUUCAAAUAUUGUU